AUGAAUACAUCUCGCUCGCUCCGGCGCGUAGCUCGGAUCGUGUCCCGGUCCACGUCUCCCCUCGUACCGACGCUAUCGCGAAGCUUCUCCAGCUCCAUCCCGUCACUAUCAAAUACGAGCCCGCCGAGAGCUUGGACUCCGACGCCCUUUGUUACAGAGACAGUGGGAGGCGGCUGGCAUACAUACGACAUCUUCUCGCGCCUGCUCAAGGAACGAAUAAUCUGUCUCAAUGGCGAAGUCGACGAGACGAUGUCCGCAUCUAUCGUUGCGCAGCUCCUCUUCCUCGAAGCCGAUAACCCGCAGAAGCCCAUCCACCUGUACAUCAACUCGCCCGGCGGCUCCGUCACAGCCGGCCUCGCCAUCUACGACACAAUGACUUACAUCGCCUCCCCCGUCAGCACGAUCUGCGUCGGCCAAGCAGCCUCCAUGGGCUCCCUCCUCCUCUGCGGUGGCCACCCGGGCAAACGCUACUGUCUCCCCCACUCCUCGAUCAUGAUGCACCAGCCCUCGGGCGGCUACUUCGGCCAGGCAAGCGACAUCGCCAUCCACGCGAAGGAGAUUCUGCGCGUGCGCGAGCAGCUGAACAAGAUCUACAAGCGGCAUCUGACCGGGAAGAAGGAGAUGUCUCUCGAGGAGAUUGAGAAGCUCAUGGAACGAGACUACUUUAUGGGCGCGAAGGAGGCGCUCGACAUGGGUAUUGUGGAUGAGGUCCUCGACCGGAGGGUUAAGUCCAAGGAGGAGGGCGGCGAGGGCGAGGGAAAGCCUCCCGUGGUGUGA